CGUUCAUACAGCCAUCCUCACUAAAUCCCGAUGGGCAAAAAGUCCAACUUCACUGGCCUCUCGCGAUUCGUUCACCAAGCUUUCGGAGAUCAGGAAACAACGACAAAGAAAACCGAUGAAUCCUUCCAACAUCCAGCAAAGAGGCGCAAAGUCGAGACAGGCACCGUCGUAGCCAUCCACCGCGGCGCCGAGGGGCUGGUCCCGCACUACAGGUCUGCGGAGGAGGUCCCUGAACAUCUUCAAAAGUACUUCUCGCAGCGCAAGCGCUACUUCUCGCUGUAUGACCAGGGCUGUCUGCUCGACGAGGAAGGCUGGUACAGCGUCACUCCCGAGCGCAUCGCGGACCAGAUAGCGGAGCGAUGUCGGUGCGACACGGUGCUGGAUGCAUUUUGUGGGGUCGGGGGGAACGCCAUCGCGUUUGCGAAGACGUGCGAGCGAGUCAUUGCGCUAGACACAUCACCAGUGAGACUCGCAUUGGCGCGACAUAACGCUCAGAUCUACGGCGUUGCAGACCGCAUCGAGUUCAUUCUCGCAGACUAUAUAUCCUUCGCAGAGUCGUAUCUCUCCCGCGCCUCUGGCAACGGGAAGCGCGACAUCGACAUCGUCUUCCUCAGUCCACCCUGGGGCGGUAUCUCGUACCUAACGAAUCCACAAGACUCACCGGACUCAGACGAAAGCGACGUUUCCCUCGUACGCCAUCCGGAGUACAGUCUCGCGAGCGUCAAGCCGAUACAUGGGGCGGAUCUGUUUCACUUGACGCGUAGAAUCACGCCAAACGUGGCCUACUUCCUGCCCAGGCAUACGAGUUUGGACGAGCUGUCUGCGCUGCUGCCGUCUUCAGAUGCAACGAGCGGAGGAGAUGAUUCCCAGCAGGAGAUACUCGAGAUUGAGGAAGAGUGGAUGGGCUCCAAGUUGAAGGCGCUGACAUGCUACUUUGGUGGUCUCGCUGCUGGACAAGAACAUUUGUUCUGAGGGCUACAAUACUAGAACUGUAUCUAAUGUGCUGUCGAUAUUCUUUGCUCGCUUUCCGCACACUGUCCUUUGAAUGUCACCGUC